GGCCUCGCCUCCUCACCUCGCACUCGCUCGGCUCGCCACCUGCAGCGCCGCUCGCUACAGUCUCCCGCGCCGCCGCCAGAGCGCGCUUGUCAGUGCACGAGUGAUCUUAUGUGUGCACACCACCCGCUGCAGCAUCUUCCGCUUUGUUUGUUGCGUGUGAUGACGUAACGACCGGCCGGUGCGCAAGAGUUCGCGAACGUUCAUGAUCGUGCUCGAUUUCGCCUAUCGCCUGCCGCCGCUCGAACCCGCCGUCGCCAGCAUGGAGGGCAAAGUGUCAGAGCAGAAAUGGCCGUCGCUGCCGUCCCCGACGACCGUCGACUCCCCGGACACAGACAGUGCCCGAUCGACCCCCGAGGUGGGCGCCGAGCCGAAGGGUGCCAUCCCCAAGUCGCGCAGCGUAGGCAAACUGGACGCCUUCCGCAGUAGUCUGCGCGAAGUAAGCAGAAACAGCUCGUUCAAGCUAGGCCGGAAGAAGUCUGGCGAAGAAGGCGCCAAGGAAGAAAAGAAAAAGUCCAAGAAGAACAAAAAGAAAGAGGCGGCCGCGGCAGCGGCUAGUGGAAAGUCGCCCUCUGAAACUGGAACUUUACAACCCCAAGGACCGGUCACGUCACCGAGCAUCUCAGCCUCGACGGAGUCCCUCUCGAAAUCGUCAAAGGUCAGUAAAGCGACCUCUCUGGUGCGGAAGCUGAGUAUCGGACGCUACCGGAACAAGACCGCCAAAGACGCCUCGCCGGCCACCCGAGCGCUGUCUCCGACGUCCACGUCGCCCGAGCUGUCCCCGGCCGCAUCCCGCACCGACAUUUCCGAAGACGAAGCGCCGUCCGUGGCCUCCUCCACCACCUCUGAGGGUCGCCAAGGGCCCGAGGGCGACGACGGGGCGGUGCUGGGUGACGCGCCCUCCGGCACCUCCCCCCCGCCGGCGACGCCGUCAUCACCGCAACCCCCUCCACCGGGGGCCGGCCAAUCGAGACUAAUUGCCGGCGGCGCCAAUAAAGGGCUCACAGGCCAAUCGCAGGCCCCCUCCGUCGCGGACUCCGCCGUCUCCCCGCCGAGGCAACCACUCGAGAGCGCCGCGCCGCGGAAGGACAGAGAGCCGGCCCUGCUGGAGACGGUGCCCGAAGCGCAGAGUCACGAGGAAGCCGCCGCGGCGCCCCUGGAGGCCGAGCGCUCCCCGCCGGCGUCGCCCGCCUUCCAGUCCGCGUUCGCCAGCCUGGACGAGGCCACGCCGCCGACCGACGCGCCCGGCACCGGCAGUAGCCGCGCCGCCUCCGCCGCGUUCAUGUCCCAGCGCCUGAGCUCCUCCUCCGCCGCCUCCGCCUCCGCCUCCGCAGUGGACUUCGCCACCACCAAGAGCCAGAUCCUGUCCAUCACGACGCCCGCUCUCAAGAAGCAGCAGGCCUUCGAAGAGGUCCGCGCCGCCGCCGUCGCCCACGCCGCCGCCGCAGCGGCCUCCGCAGCCGCAGACUCCGCGUCCGUCCCCGGCCCCAAACCGUCCACGUCGGCGAGCACUUCGGACGCGCCCGCGCCCGCGCCCGCACCCGCGUCGGCGGACGAUCCCGAGGACGAGCAGUUCGGGGACUUGGAAGAGUACGAGGUCGACGUGCAAAAACCGAGCGAAACCAUGUCCACGCCGCCGCCGUCCGCCGCCACCGUCAUGGCGGAAGCCCGCGCUCGGCUCUCGCAGAGCCUGGGCGGCUCCGCCAGCCCCGAAGCGGUGACGCAGCCGGUGAAUGAAAAACGCGAACACUUGUACAAGAUCUUGGUGAUCGGCGAGCUGGGCACUGGCAAGACGUCGAUCAUAAAGCGUUAUGUUCACCAGUUCUUCUCACAACAUUAUCGCGCCACAAUAGGUGUCGACUUCGCGUUGAAGGUGCUAAACUGGGAUGCCAACACCGUAAUCAGACUGCAACUAUGGGAUAUUGCUGGACAAGAACGCUUCGGCAAUAUGACGAGGGUGUAUUACAAAGAAGCAGUUGGCGCUUUCAUAGUAUUCGAUGUGACGAGAGCAGCCACCUUCGAUGCAGUAAUAAAGUGGAAGCAAGAUUUGGAUGCCAAGGUGCAACUGGCUGACGGCUCUCCUAUCCCAUGUGUCCUGCUGGCUAAUAAGUGUGACCAGCAAAAAGAAGGCAUUGUAAAUAAUGCUGCCAAAAUGGACGAGUACUGUCGGGAGAAAGGAUUUUCAGCCUGGUUUGAGACAUCGGCUAAGGAGAAUAUAAAUAUUGAAGAUGCGGCGAGGUGUUUAGUUACUAAGAUCCUUCAAAACGACAAACUGAUACACAAUGAAAAUGGAAAAGACAAUGACAAGUUUGCUCUGGAUGGCAAAGCACAAAAAGAUGAAAAGAGUGGCGGAAAAUCUUGUGCUUGCUGACAGUGCCCUUAAUUUAAGCAGCUCCAAUAAUUGGAGGGCGAAGGACCACAUCAAUUUACUCUCCAAUCUUGCAACAGUAUAUAACAUGAUGGUGCACCAAGGACUGGACUUUCCCAGAAAAAUUUUGAAGAUAUAAUGCAUGUUUAAUAUCUCGCUAUGAGAGUCACACUGAAAUGAAGUACGCUUGCUUUGUAGUAGUGAACUAUUUGAUGUGUGUACUUAACUUGUUACCUACUAAACUGCUAAACCACCAGUGUAGUAAGUGAACUGAACAGAGCAGCUGAGAUUUGUUUUAGUGUGGGCAGCUUUCAUAAAGACAGAUGGAGUGAACGUUAUUUUCUUGUGAUCUUCCACUGUUAAAGAUUUAAAUUUUUCAAAAAUGCCCGUUUUUUAUUUAGAGAUUCUUUUAUCAUUCAAACUCUUGACAGAAUGUGAAAUGUUGUAGUAUGAGAGUGUACAGUAAAAUCAUAGUUUAUGAAUGUGCUGAAUGAUUUGUGAAUGUUCAUUGCAUGUUUUGAUUAAGGUUUUGACAAAUAUAAUAGCUUGCUUUUCCUGAAAUUGGGAGUAUUGUUAAAUUGCAAUUUGUAAGUUACAAUGGAAUCAUAAUUUAUUUUCAUAUGGAUUUUUAAAACCUACAUUUCUCUGGUUUUGACUUUACCUACAAAUAUAAAAGUAUUCAGCAUCACUAAAUGCUCAAGUUUACAUUCAAGUGGUGUGAUUUGUGGCUAAAUGGUUGUUACCAUACAGAGCACACAUUUGUAUAGUGGAACAGGACGUAAUAAUUGGAUCAGUAUAAAGUGACUACACUUAAAUAUAGAUGCAUUGUUACAAAUGUAUCUGUAACAUUUGCAAGAUUAUAACUUUCUGAAUCAUUCUUUAAAAUCAAUUUCUUGAACUGUUGUCAACAAGAAUGUGUGGAGUGUUCUAACUUUCCAAAAGGUAGUUGCAAGUAAGCAUACUAUUAGAAGAGUCUUGGCUCUUCAGUUUCAAAAUCGAAGGAAGAUGGGGUUUCUGUGAAGUUGCGUCAUCCAAGAAUGGUACAGAAAUUUAAGAUCAAAGCUAAUAGAGCUGAUUAUUUAAAAGCUACUUUAAAUUAGUUGUAUUAGUGCCAUAUUUUUAUUGCAAUGUUCUUAGAUAAUUUCUUUCAAAAGGAGACUGAAAUAUAUUAAUAGUUAUAAAAUACAUAUUUAAAUUUUGGAUUUUUCACAUUAAUUUUAUGAACUUAACAUAAGAUGAACCUGCAUUUGUAAGUUUCCACCAAAUCAUAUUGUGUAGAUUUGCCAUUAACCAUCAAUGUCAGUUAAUAUCAUAUCAAGAUGUUAAUUUUACGGAAGUGCCAAUCAAUCCAAUGUGUAGAAUAAGAUAUGCACUAUUCAUUGUACAGCUGUUAUGUUUUGCACUAUGUAUACAAAUAAAAAAUAUUUCUAAAAAUAAAUGGCUAUCAGUAUGCUUGUUGUACAAUUA